AAAAGCCCUGGGUUAAAGGUCCCAUCCCUGCGCGAAAUACACAAAGCAAAAGUGAAAAAAGCAUACAAAAAUAAUAAAAGUUCAAUUAAGAAUCGAACCUUUGCGUCGCACAGUUAAGUUGUUAUUACGAGGCGUACACAGAAUAUAUUUAGAGCUACAGACAAAUCGAAAUUACAAAUUGUAAUCAGCGCAUCAGAUAUAAAUAUCACAGUAGCCAUUCAAAAUGGCCACCAGCGAGAUUUCUAGCUCCAAUGAGCGGCACUACUACGCUAAGCUGGAGGCCAUCAAGGAUAUACGGGACAAAACGUUGGCCCUGGAGAAGCUCAAGGUGCGCAUCAUUAAGGAGGUGAAGCUAAGCGAUGACGAGGAGAAAUGUCUGGACGAAUAUCGCAAGGAAAUGGAGCAUCUGCUUGAGGAAAAGAUGUCUCAUGUGGAGGAGCUCCGCCAGAUACAUGCUGACAUCAAUGACAUGGAAAACAUUAUUAAGCAGACGAAGGAGAAUCAAACGCGCUCUUUCGAUAUGGCCAAUCGUGUGUACGAAGAAUACCUCGCUCUCAAAUAUCAAAUCGACCACAUGCGACGCGACUACCUGGGUCUCAGUCCUCUCCGAGACCUACACGAAGAGGAGGGCAGCCCCAUAUCCAAGGAUCGCUUUCAGACAAACUUUCUCAAAGUCGCCGCACAAUCUGCGGCCGUGGCAGCAGCAGCAGCCGCAGCGGCCGCCGUCACACAGCCCACAUCUUUGGCGAGACCCCAUGCACGGCAUCCGCUAAUGGCGGAGGCCACCGUGACAGCAAUGCCGCCGAAUUCGGCCGGUGCGGGUGGAGGCGGUGGCUCCAAUGUGCCCAGCAGCGGUGGUGGUGGACCGGGACACGCGUUCAUGCCACCAGCUCCGCCUGGGGCACCUGGCAGCGCUGGCGCUGCCGCAGCUGCGGCCGUGGCUGCAGCUCGUCUUGGCAAGAGCGACUUUUCAGCACCACCGCCGCCGCCGCCGACCACAAAUCGAUUGCAGCAGUCACCAUCCAUCGGGAUUGGACACCAUCCAUCUUUUCGCUCCGACUUCAACGUAAACCUGAGGCAGCAGCCGCCCCCCAUGAAGUCCUGCUUGUCUUGCCACCAACAGAUUCAUCGAAACGCGCCCAUUUGUCCGCUCUGCAAGGCCAAGUCGCGCUCACGCAACCCCAAGAAGCCCAAAAAGAAAAACAAUUAAUUGCCGCCAAUGCUCCCAUCAAUUGUAUUCUAUAUGUUCCAUCAAAUUGGAAUUUUUACUAAUUUAACAUUUUCGAUUUGUUUUUUUUUUUUUAAUAUUUUAUUUUGUUCAUUUGGUUUUUUACAUAUGUAUGUACUUAUUUAUUAACCCAGCGACGGUCAAGAGCCGCACAUUGAAAGUAUUACAUUUUUCUCAUAACCAUUUGCUUGUAAGCUGCUAAGAAAAUACAAAACUAUUCUCAGAUUCUGUCAACCAUGCUAGUUUUGCAUGUUAUCUAUAAGUUCUAAUUGUAUGUGUAGACAUAUUACAACAUAAACGAAAGCAAUUAUCGUGUCAAACUAAACCUAAUUACUUUUUUUUUAUACGUGUAAGCAUUCAAGUGAAUAAACAACAAAAUUUUUCAAA